UGUAGCAUCAAACUGUUAGCGAUUAAUUCAAGUCGUAUUAGCCGCUGACAGAAUGAGAUAAGAUGGAAACUGUAACGACGGACUCGGCUGCGGCUGAGGAGGACGACUGUUCAGACUCAGAGGUUUCAUGUUUAAUGAGAGUCGGAAGAAAUUCAGACUGGCUUCGCUUGUUCGAAAACACUGAGGUCACCAUCGGACGUGGGAUGGAAGUGACCCACCAGCUGCUGUCUCCAAGUUGUCCUCUGAUGAUCUCCAGACUACACUGUGCUGUCAAACAGAGGGAAGAUGGACAGUGGGCAGUGACAGACAAAAAGAGUCUCAACGGCGUGUGGGUGAAUGGAAACCGCGUUCCCUCGGAAGAAUCCCAUCAGCUGAGGCUCGGAGACUCCGUACAAUUCGGCGUUCCUUCCACUUCAUCCACAGAAGUGGAGUUUGACUACAUCUUUGUCCAGCGGCCCCUGAAAGACAUUAAACACCACUUGACAAAGGGACAUAAAGAAGGCGCUAAAGCAGCCCUCGUUUCCAAGACGACUAAGAGGAAGUUGACUGUGGAAGAAGUUGAGCCGUCGACCUCGAAGCCCAAGCUCUACCGCUGCUCUUCUGCAGACAAGUCAUUUGCAAAGCCCUGCCCUCUGUCACCAGUGAUGCGACAGCAGAGGCUCAGUAACUCUCAAUUAGAGGAAACUGGACCCAGCAGACAAGUCCAGGAAGAAGACUGGCCUUCAGAAGUCUCCAACACGCCCUGUGACCUGGACAACUUGCAGAUGUACAGCCAGAACAUUCUGAAGUUGAGGGAGCAGGUAGACGACACCCAGAGGCAGGUAGCCUCUCUCGGGGGAGAGCCGCGGCAGGCUGACCCUCUCAGAGUGGAGCAUGUCAGGGAGCUGCACGGUCAGCUGGGGACGCUCAGAGCCAAGAUGCACCGGAUGGAGACGUUAGAGAAGUCCUUCAGCAAGAGGCAGCUAGAGGCACAGAAAACACAGCAACAAGAGGAGCUUUUGAAAAAGCAGUUGGAAGAGGCCUUGCACGAGCAAAAGAAAGUGAUAGACGAACUCGCCCUUUCUCGGGAAGGCUUUGAAGAAAUUCUCUUGGCCAAAAACAAAGAGCUGCAAUUGACAAAGGAGGAGAAUGAAAAGGCCAGGGCCCAAAAGGAUGAAGUAGUUACACAAGUGACGGAAGUUUUGGAGAACGAGCUUCAGUGCAUCAUCUGCUCCGAGCUCUUCAUUGAGGCGGUCAUCCUGAGCUGCGCUCACAGCUUCUGCAGUCACUGUAUCAAGCAGUGGCGCAAAAAGAAAGACGAGUGUCCCAUCUGCCGACGGGCCAUCCAAUCUCAGACUCGUUGUCUGGCCCUGGACAACUGCAUCGACAGCAUGGUGGAAAACUUGAGCCUGGACAUGAAGUCGAGGCGACAGACCCUCAUUGCUGAGAGGAAAGCAGCUGACUCCGCUCAGGUGAUGGUGAUCCACGACGACGACAGCAGCAGCAGGAGCAGCGACAGCGACAGCGACAGCAGCCUGCUGUCCAGCGACAGCAGCCUGAGCUCGCUGGUCUCUUUGGAAACGGACAGCAGCAUGAACCCGGACUCCAGCGUGCUCUACAGUUACUCUGACGAAAGUGUUGAUGAGUUUGAGGAUUAGCACCUUUUUCUACGGAGGUUUACGCUAAGUUUGGUCUCAUGAGUCCAUUAACCAGAAUUCCUUUUUUUGUAACGUCAUCCGAUGUCUUUUUGUCAUCCUUCUCAACAAAAGGAUUAAAGUUUUUUUUCCUUCGCACUUUUACAGCCACAUGUUGACUUUGUCCACACAUUGAUUCGUUGUGUUUACACUUCAUAGGAAUUAGUAAACCUGAUGUAAUCAGAAAUCACACCUACUUCACAGUACAAGUCUUUGGUGAAGCCUGACUUCAUAAGUGGAAGUUUGAGAUGGAGAUUGGCAGCUAGACGACAAACCUUUGCUGGCAGUGAAAGGAUCAAACCAGUGUUUUUGUUGUAAGAGGUGUGACUUUAGAGACAACUAUUCCAGGCUGUGGGUUGGUCCACUACUUUGGUCCAGACUAAAUAUCCUAAGAAGGCGAGCCAAAGAAAUUCUAAGUCGACUAACACUCCUCCGAUUUUGUCGACUAAUCAAUUAGAACUGUAAAAUGGACUUUCCCCUCGAAGAAUCACACAAAAGCACCACGUUAAAUCUGUGAUUACCAGAGACGUGCUCAUAGGUUUCUUGGAAAAUAAGACAUUCAGCUUGAAAAUAGCAUGAAAACAUAACUUCUGUGAGCGCACAGUAGGAAGUGGUUAAAGCAUACACAGUGAAGUCAGACACAAAUAGUUUGUCGCAAAUUGGCAACUUUGCUUUUGUUUUUACGGUGAACAUUUUACCGUAUACUCUGAAAACUUAGCACUUACGGAAUAUUUGAUUUAUAGUAUAUUAACAUCCUGUAAUCCAUUAUUUUUGUUGUUCAAAAGGUGGAUUUCCCUUCGUCUCUUAAUGUAGGAACAGCUUGCCAAAUCUUAUUUUUUUAUAUUAGAACAACUGUGUAAGAACUACUAUUAGUAAUGUGACAAUAUUGUAACUCCAUAAACAUGACCAAACUCACUGAACCACCAAAGACGUUUACAGUUAGUUCGUUGUUGUUAUAUUCAAUGUUUCUUUCUGUUGCCCAUCUGGGAGUUGCCUCGCCCGGCAAACGAGCUGUAGUGCUUUGCCGAAAGGCUCCCGGGCCGAUCGUUAAUCACUCCCUUUGGCGACACUCCAGAGUUCAUCUUGUGUCACGCUGGUCCUCCUGACACAUAAACAACUGAAUCUCGUAAGACAAUGUGAGAAAUGUUCAGUAAAUUCACUUUAUGAUGGCGAAGCAAAGGGUAAGCUGUACGCGUGUUUAUCUUUCAUUUUUCUGAAGUGAGGCGAUAUCCUUCAGUCAAUCAAGAUUCAUGUAAAAUACAGUCACGGGCAUCACUUCACUCAUUCGUGCCACUGCUGUGAUACUUUAUGUAACUCCUGCCAAGUUAAUGCUGUUUGUAAAAUAUAGGUUAUGAUCGUCAAUAACUUUACACAUUACCCAUGUAGAUCUCCGUGUCACUACUGGAGUGUGUGUGGCGAUUAAAAACAGAUUUGACAUCUUGGAAAGGAACUUCA